GUUAUUUUAGCUUUAAAAAAAGUAUAUCUUAAAACCUUAUCUUUAUGAACACUUCAUUUUACUAAGCUUAUCUCAUACCUGUAGACAAAGUUCAAAUGCAUAACUCCACCUUACAUGAUAACAUAAGGAGUCUAUUUCCUUUAUUGUUCAUGGACGGCUGAUAAUAUUGAUAAAAAAUUGAGUGUUUUCUUAGUUGGAAAAAAAUGAGUUUUAGAUAAGGUAAAAAGAAUUUGGAAUUGAAUUAUGCGUACUUGUUGGAAAAUUAAUGUUUGUUUGUGAAAAAUCUGACUUAAUAUGCAUUUUGCUGUGUUUAAACUAUAAACAAUAGUUAUUGAUUUUUAAUUUUUGUUUCAAUUGUAAAACUGUUUAAUAAACAUGGAGAAGGUUUUGUUUGCUGAUCUUUUUACCAAGACAUUGAGAAAAACUCUUGUUAAAGUACCAAGAGUGGUCAUUGAUGAUCCAAUAUUUAGACUACAUUACAAAGUCACUGGAUUGGCUUUGCUCUUUGCCAGUAUCUUGGUUUCAGGUUACCAGUUUUUUGGUAACCCAAUUAUGUGCAUUCAGAAGGAUGACAUACCAGAACAGCUUCUUAACACAUAUUGCUGGAUUGAGUCAACAUUUACAUUGCCUAAAGCUCUCUUUCAAGAAGUGGGUGUGGAGGUUGUAUAUCCAGGAGUUGGAAAAUACACUCAAGGCGAUGAAAUUGUAACGCACGCCUACUACCAAUGGGUAUGUUUUAUGCUUUUGCUGCAAGCCAUUAUGUUUUGCUUACCAAAUGUUCUAUGGAGAGCCCUUGAAUCUGGAAAAAUGAGGAGUCUGAUUAAAAAGCUUUAUGAGCCAAUUCCUGUAUUGGAAGAAGGUCAAGAUCUUGAAACGUGGUUCAAAGGAAUUGCAAAUUAUUUUAGAUUAGGACGCAGUGAGCACCAACAAUAUGCUAUGAAAUUCUUCGUAUGCGAGGUAUUGAAUUUCGUUAAUGUAGUUGGCCAGAUCUUCUUAAUUGAUAAAUUUCUUGGUGGAGAAUUCAGGAAUUACGGUACAGAAGUUUUUAAAUAUGCCAAUACUGAACAAGAGGACCGCUUUGACCCGAUGAUCAGAGUAUUUCCACGUAUUACAAAGUGCACCUUUCACAAGUACGGUUCCUCAGGUGACGUGCAACGACAUGAUGCGCUGUGUCUUUUGCCUUUGAAUAUUCUUAAUGAGAAAAUUUUUAUCGUGAUGUGGUUUUGGUUUGUUAUUUUGGCCAUUUUAGGCGGUCUGUUGAUAGUUUACAGGUUGAUUGUCAUGAUUUCUAAUCAGGCCCGUUUCUUGCUGCUGUCCUGCGUUGCAAGUUUGAGUGCAAAAGGAGAUAUUAGGGACGUUAUAGCCAACCUUAGUUAUGGAGACUUUUUCAUGCUUUAUACUUUGGCUGAUAAUAUUGAUAAUUUGCAUUUCCGCCAAAUAAUCCUUCUCAUAAAAGAAUCGCAAUAUGAAAUGCAAUCAACGAUGCGCGCAACAAGUCCAAAUAAAUUGAUAAUUGAUGUACCUGAUAAAGGUUAUCCAUCAAAAGCUAUGUCUUCUAAGGAAAGUGAUGCUUUAAUAGAUAAUGGUGAAAGCUCAGUAUGAAAGACAUAAAGCUAUUGUUUAAAACUGAGUUCAGUCUUUAAUAUACAUCAUUUUAUUUUGUGCUUUAAAUAUUAAUGUUAGUUUUGUUUGCUUUAGAUGUUAGACUUAUUAUUUUUUUCAUUAAUAUACUUUGUGUAUACCUUUAUUUCUAAAAUAUAGAUUAACUUCUAUUUUAAUAAAAAUAUAUAUGGUUGGAUUUAGCUGCAUUAAAAAUUCUUCAUUGGAUGCACUGUGAAUACAUUUGUUUAUGAAAUAAGAAUUUUUGAUAUGUAAAAAAAUUUAAUCAAUUUUUUUUCAUUCAUUUUUAAUAAAUGCAUUUAUAAUUAAAAUGACUUGAAUAAAAGUGUAUUUAAGUUUAUAUUGUGCAGUAAAAACUGUAAAAGUCUAUCUACAAUUAUUACUACCUUUAGAACAUAAUAUCACAAGUUCAUAUAAUAAUCUAUACAAAAUUAUUUUUCUGCUUUUUUUUUAUUUUUUUUAUUUUUUACUUUAAUAAAAAAUAUUGACAUUGGUGAA